AUGGCUGCACACUCAGCCUCCUUAGAUCAGCUUCCUGAGGGAGCUGGUGGUGAGGAGGCAGACUUGCACACCCUGCUGCCAGACAGCAUUUCCAGGCAAGCAGAGCGGCCUGGACCGCUGAGGAGCGCUUUGGAGGCCCGAGCUGCCAGCUCUAAAUGCUCUGUGGACUUCACUUUCAGUCGCCUGGUGGCCCAGUGCUUUGUCAGGUACAGCAAAGAGAAUGUGGACUUAGCGGCAGCACUCCUCACGCUGGCUUGCUUGGGGGAGGGAAAGGAGAUUUCUUGGGCAAAUGAGCCACGCCUGCGUUUCCUACUGGGCUUACAUGCUGUCAGGGAAGCUCCUAGGUUCCUCCCAGGGGAGUUGAAUGCGAAGCAGCUGGAGGAGGCAGACAAGUGGCGCUGCGACAGCCGUACAGCAGCAUGCGCGUGCCUGCUGCUGCUGUGCGCGGCGCGGGAGAGCCUGGGCCACGAGCGCGACUCGCUGCACCUGCUGGGCGCGCUCAGAGACGUCUGCGACGCGCUCGGCCGCAGCACCGGCCACGACAGCAUGGUUUGGGGCUGCGACCUGGACCCUGGAAACUGGGCUGCCCACCGGCCUGCCCAAGGAGCAGCGGCCGUGUCUGCGUCGCCAGGGCCAGGCUCUACAGCAGCCGCGCCGGAGCCGGCGGGGGUGAUCGACAAUCCCGGCACACCGUUGGCAUCCGGUGCACCGGCGGCCCACGGCCCCAGCGUGCCAGACGUGGAGAGCGGCGACGCUCCUGCUGUAGAAUCGGACGGGGAGCAGCCGGGGUCUCUUGAAGCAGCAGGCUCUGUAAAGGAGCCUGCGCUGCAGCCGGCUGCGCCACCACCUGCCCAAUCCCUGGACCAGGCCAAGGUGGAUCAGCUGAUGCAGAAGCUGGACGAGCAGCUGCAGCUGCUGCGGCAGGCGACUCCGCUGCUGCGCCAACGCGCAGAGCAGCUGAAUGACAAGGAGGCGGCCGCCGUGCGGAGGCAGCUUGCCGUUGUUUUGGACCAGCAGACGGACUUCUUCGAGUCCAACAUGCAGGCUCUGCGGGAGAAUCUGCCGCGCAUGCAGUUGCCGGUGGGCGAGCUGAUCUUCCCGGGCAUCGGCUGGCCGCCAAAUGUGGCAGCGCCGGCCGCGCAGAUGCCAUUGCUGGGCCUUCCCGUGCCGGGUCUGGCCGUGAGGGGGGCUCUGCAGCAGGACCUAGCAGCCGCAUUCUCCUUGCAGCGCGCCCCUGAGCCCUCCAGCGAGCCAGCAGCCCUGCAGCAGCAGCAGCGCUCUGGGCACUUAGAGCAGCCGCUGGGGGGGCCCUCGGCAGGGUCUGAGCCGAGCGGCCGGGGCAGCAGCGACGGCGGGGUUCUGGCCGGAAAGCUGGCGGCGCUUGCCGCGACCAAAGCGGCCGAGCCGAGGAGCAGCCAAUCAAAGCUCAGCUGCGGCGUUGUGGAGGAAGAGGGCAAAGUGCAGGCCACUUGGGCGGUUGUGAGGGCGGCGGUGCCCCUGCUGAAGCAGCUGGCGGGGGGCAAGCUGCCGGCCGCCUCACCUGCAGCUGCGCCGGAGCUCUGCCGGGCACUGGCAUGCCUCUGCUGCCGCACCUCUCCCUGCGGCCGCGCCUUUGCCGGCCACAUCUUCAAAGAAUGUGCCGCUCACAUAGCCAAGCUGCUCAAGUCGGACGAGCCGAGGGGCGCAGCGGGGCCGGUGCAGCUGCUGAGCCAGCUGCUGCUGAGCGAGCUGCCGGCGCCCUCCAAGGCCCGCUACCCGCCCAUCCCGCCGUCCGCAUCCCUCAAAAUCUCCUCCGUCUUCGUGCAGCUCGGAGUGGUCGACCACCUGCGCCAGCGCUUCGUCGACGCCACUGAGGCCCUCAGGAGCCCCAGCCGCCAGGCCAAUGGUUUGAGCCACCCCUCGACAGGUGGGGAGCAAGAGGUGAACGGGGUGUCCCUGAGGGGCCAGGAGGCCCUGGCAGCGGUGGUCUGCGAAGCGCUGUCGCUGUUUGCGGUCAACUCCGCGUCGCACCGGUCGCUGCAGGCAGCCGCCACGUUCCAGACCACGCUCACGCUGCUGGGCGCCAGCCCAGAGUGCCACGUCAGCAUGGAGACGGAGGCCAGGGCGUUGGAGUUGAUCCGCGCUCUGGCAGCGCACUGUCCGAGCGUGGCCGAGUCGGCGGCGCUGUGGGGCCAGGCGGGGCUGCCGGCCCUGUCGGCGCACCUGCGGCCGGGGCACGACACGGCUCUGCGCGAGGCGGCGGCGGCCGCGCUGGACGCGAUUCUGCGCCUGCACAAGACGCAGGCCGUCAAGGAGGUGCUUGCCAAGGGCAUGCGCAUCCGUGGCCUGCUCGACAAAUACGACGCUGUGCGGGGAGAGAAUUUGCGCUUCUUCCCGGAGCUGCGCCACCGCGUGGCCAAGAUGCUGCGCGUGCUGGCCUACGACAGCGGCGGCGCGGCGCUGCCAGAGCUGCUGCGGCCGGGCAAGGAGGGCUGCGUGCCCUGGCUGGUUGCCGAGCUGGGCAACUCCUCCACGCACUGGUGCACCCGCGCUGAGCUGGCCGCCGUCCUCGGCAGCCUCGCCCGCAUCCCCGCCCUCUCCGCCGCCAUGGCGAGGUCGCGGCGCAGUGUUGCUGGCAAGGACAUAAUGCUGGACCCUCGCGCAGGCAUCCGCAAGGCCGGCGCCAUGGGACCUCUCAUGGCCCUCCUCAAAGAGGUCACCGAGAACAAGACACAUGCGCUGAACAAUGAGAUUGUGGUGAAUGCGCUUGCGGGCGUCAUAGGAGUGGGGAUCACCUAUAUCAAGGAUGACGAGGACAUCCUCCCCAUCCUGAAGCCGGAGUUGCUGCCGCAGCUGUUGAGAGUGAUGGACGUGAAGCUUAUGACGGGCAGCGAGGGGCAGCGCAAGCUGAUGCUGGGCAACGCCACCAUCCUCGCCUACUGCCUGCGCUGGCCCGAGUUCAGGGACGAGUUUGUGCGGCGGGGCGGCCACAUCUGCGCGACGGACCUCAUGAUCUGGUGCGCCAACAACGAGCCGCCCGCGCCCGCGCCCGGCAAGGACGACUUCCACAUGGAGACAGUGUGCACCCUCGUCAACAUAAUCGGCAACGCCGCCCGCAGCAGCGCGCUGGAGUACAUUAAUGAACAGGGUGGGCUGCCGAUCGCAGCGCGCUACCUGGCGCGGGCUGUUGCACUGCCGCCCAGCAACACCUCCUGGUACAUGGGCCUCUCCAACGGCGCAGCCGGCCUCUGUGAUCUGCAGGCGGUGCUGGUGAACAACCCAAAGGUGGCUGCAGCGGUGGCGGAGAUCUGCAUGGUUGGCCUGGCCACCACUGCUCACGCCACUCGCGGACCUCCCAAACCUGACAAGGCUCGCAUCGAUCGACUCGCCUAUGUAGUCACCUCGCUGUCGACGCUGGCCACGUACCUGAAGGGGUCGGCGCCGGGUGCGAUAGCGGAUGCGCUGGAGCGGGGCACCUUCCAGCAGCUUCUGGACCUGCGGCGCACGCUGCACCUCUCCAACGCCACCAUCGGCUACCUGCAAGCCUUCGUGCAGUCCUCCCGCAACCCCACCAAGGACGCGGCGAUGGCAAAUGCAAACAUGUGCCAGCUGCUGGAGGAGGAGGCACGGGAUAAGGAGCGCGAGGCGCGAGAGGCCGCGCGGAAGCUCAAGCGCAAGCUCAAGAAGGCCGAGGCGCGGCUGCGCUCCCAGGAGGAGGAGUCUGCGCAGCUGCGCGCCGCGCUCGCCCGCGCCGAGCUGGCCGAAAGCUCUUCUGCGGAAGCUUCCCCUGGCCGGCCAGCCGCCGUCAACUCCACCCCAGAGGAGGCUUCCUCGGAAAAGCAGCCGCCGGCCGCCGCGGGCGAGGACGCGGCCCCGGGCGGCAGGGCGCGCAGGGGGAGGAAGAAAGGGGUACCCAGGGCUGAGGCAGCCGAGGCGGCCGGCCGGCAAAACGGCGGCAUGGCCGCGCAUGCGCGCGAGUUGAGCGCAGCUGCAAGCUCUGACGAGGACGGCGGCAGCGAGGGCGCGCUACCGGACAGCUGGGAGGCGAUGGCCGAGGACGGCGACGUUGGGAAUGGCGCUGCUACGGACUUCAAUGCCGUUUACGGCGCAUCGCCCCCCGACAGCGGGUCCUGGACCACGGUCGGGGUGAAGAAGCCAGCAGUCGCGGGGGUGCAUGCUGAUGAGGCCAGCAAUGGCAAGGCACGCCCCACCACGCCGUCGGCGGCUGCCACGCCAGGCCAAGCAGGCUCCCCUGCGCCGGCAAAGCAGCAGAAGGGGUGGGGACGGCUGCCGGCCUCUCCCACCCCUCCGCCCCCUCCAGAGCAGCAGCCGCUGCAGCAACAAGAGCGGCAACGCCAAGGACCCUGGGGCAAUGGGCCGGCCACACCCUCGGGGCCUGCCCACCGCGCCAGCUUGCGAGCUAUUGCAGCCGCCCAGAAUCACACCGCCAACAUGCUCAAAGCACAGGUUGGCGCGCCGAGCAAGGAUUCCCCGGUGUCAUGGAGCAGCGUGGCAGCAGGCAGCGCAGCAGCGGCGCGUGGCCUGCCGCCGCCCUCGCCCAUCUCAGCAGCACCGGAGGCAGCGCACUCCGUGCAGGACGCGGCGUCAGCCGCCCCGGCCGCCUGGGGCGGCCACCGGCCGCAUCCGAGGAAGCCCGCAGAGGAGACGGCGGCGACUUCGGCACCGCAGCCGCUGCCGGCAGCGCCGCCACCGGAGCUCAGCGCGGAGUUUGCGGCACCGCCGUCGCGCGGCAGCCAGCCGUCCACUGCAUGGGACAGCCGCGAGGUCAGCGAGUCCGGCCUGCACAGCCCGGCCUCCAGCCGCCUCUCCGCGCCGGCCAGCCCGACGGCGAGUCACGCCACCGUCCGCACGCUGUCCAGCGACGCAGCCGCCGCCGCGGAUCCCUGGACCCGGCUCGCGGCCUCCCGGCCCGCACCCGAGGACCCGCCGGGGCCGACGUUCGACGAGCCACGCGGCCUACAGGCCAGCCCGGCGCCGCCGGCCAGCCCGGCCCCGGCACAGCUGCCUGGCAACCUCAGCCCGGCCGUCACUCCCGGCGAGGCCGGCCUGUUCACCCCGCAGCAGCCGCUCCCAACCGGUGCCCUGUGGGACGGCGUUGCCUCUCCUAGUCCCGCACAGGCUGCUGCGGAGCCGACGCAGGCCACAUCCUUGUGGGGAGCUGCGUCAGCCGUUGCUGGGACCAGCCCAGCCACUCCGCCUGUGCAGGAGCUCUGGGCGCAGCAGCAGCAGCAGAGCUUGGCGCAGGAAGCGAGCAGCGCCGGCCCUGCGCUGCCAGACAGCCUCUUCGGCGACCCCUGGGCAAAUCUGAACGUGCCGGGGGGCGGCAACCCCUGGAGCCUGCGCGGGGAUCUGGGCUUCGCGCCUGGCCCUGUGAAUGGCAUCGACAUUGCCUCAGCAGCCGCGCGCGUGUCGCAGCUCAACCCCUCAGCGGGGGUCUUCAAUGCGCAGGGCUCGGGCCUGUCCCCGGCGGCGUUCCCAGCGCAGGCCCCCCAGCCGCUGCCGCACGCCACGCAGGUGCACGGCGUGCAGCACGGCCUCGGUGCGCAGCUGCCGACAGCGUCCUCGGCAGCUCCCGGCGCGGGCGGCAGCAUCUGGGGCGCUCCCGGCAUGUCGGCCGCCGCCGCGUCGGCCACCGGCUGGAGCAGCGGGUUCAGCGCGCUGCGGGAGCAGGCCCCCCUCCCCCAGGGAGGGGACGCUGCCGUCUGGGGGGCAAGUCCCCCGUUCAACGAUGCGCCGGCGUUCCUGUCGUCGCUGAUGCAGCAGGUGCUGCCCGAAGAGGACGCGCUGCUGCCCGGCGGCCUCGACCUGCUGAUGCAGGGCAGCUUCCACCAGCAGCAGCAGCAGGUGCCCCCGGGGUUCCAGCUGGGAAAUUUAUUCUCGAUGCCGGUGCCGAGUGCAGCACCACAGCCGGAUCCCCGGCAGCUCUGGCAGCAGCAGGCCGCCGUAGGUCAGCUCUACGGUCAGCACCCGAGCCUCGCAGCCGCCUACGCUGCGGCGUCCGUGCCUCCUGCAUUGGGCGCUCGGUUUGGCGAUCCGGUAGCUUUGCUGCAAACGAGGGACUUUCAGGUGCCGCAUGCUCAGCAGACGGCGAGCCUGUCAGUGCCGAGUGUCAGGUAUGGGGCUGCACCGGAGGGGCGGCAGUUGCCGAUGCGCAGCCCGCCGCCCGGCAUGCAGGGCUUCCGCCAGCUCAGCCCGGAGAAGGGCCCGUCUCAACGGCCGUCUGAGGUUGUGCACGCCUUUGCUCAGGCGAGCCAGCAGGCGCGCGCACACGCGAACAACAUCCAGCGCUUCGCACCGGCGCAGACGCCGUCGGCAGCCAUCGCGGCGGCGAGCGGCCAGGCGCCACCGGGUUUCAGCAGAAUCCCCACCGCUAAGCAGCAGCCAAUUGGGCUCCCCUCCCAACGGCUGGGAGCCAUGGGAGGGCAGGGUCGCACAGGGGACUAG